GCCACGGCAGCGAUGUGAGCAGCAGGCGCUGGCCACGCAGAGCGAUGCUCACACAGAUUUCUCACUUUUAAACCUUCGCUCCAAAUAAAUAAUCCGGUUUUUACGCUGUUUAGAGUAAGCAUGAGAGCCGUGUGGUGGCCUGUGGUAGUUUUAUUGGUUUCAGCGGCGCCGUGUCUGGACGUGAAUUCCGCACUGAGUCCGAGUCGGAGAGAAAACACGGCGUCCCUCAGGAGAGCGACCUGGGAAAGCGGGUUCGGUUCGGAAGAUUCGGCUGAGAGGAGAAGUGACGAGUCUGUGGGAGAGUCGUGUCACUCGCUGCAGGAGUAUGAAGCCAGGCUGCAGGAGGACACACACACUCGUGUCUUCAGUGACGUCUCUGGCUCGGUGUCUCUGGCCUGGGUGGGAGACGGAACAGGGGUGCUGCUGGUCCUCACUACAUAUCAGGUGCCGUUGCUCAUGUUCAAAGUUAGUGAGCCCAAACUCUACAGGAGUGAAGACCAUGGGAAGUCCUUCCAGGAUGUCACGGAUCUCCUGAACAAUACCUUCAUCAUGACGCACCUGGGCAUCGCCAUCUGCCCGGACAACUCCGGAAAGGUGAUCCUCACAGGUUUUGUGUCUGAAGGAAGAGGCUCGAGAAUUUUACGCUCGCUGGAUUUCGGGAAGAGUUUCAGCCCCUCCGAUCUGCCCUUCCAAGUGCUGAUGCAGGUCACUUAUAACCCGGAAAACAGCAGCGUACUCGCCGUGAUUAGCACACUGUAUGACCUGUGGCUCUCGAUGGACUUUGGGCUCCAUUGGAAGAUGAUUCAUUACACAGUGUGUCUGGUCAAAUGGGGGACUGCUGACGCUCUGUUUUUCACCACAAACCCAAACGGUUCCUGUAGUGAAAGGGGUAUGCUGGAGUUGAAGAAGACCACGAAUUUCGGCCGAAGUUUUAAGACUAUAGGGAGCAGGAUUUAUUCCUUUGGGCUGGGCGGCCGCUUUCUCUUUGCUUCCGUCAUGUCUGCAACGAGCUUGACGCGCAUGAUUCACGUGUCUGUGGAUCAGGGUGAGGUUUGGGACAUGGCCCAGCUCCCUGAUGUGGGACAUGAUCAGUUUUACUCCAUACUGUCUGCCAAUGACGACAUGGUGUUUAUGCACGUGGAUGAACCUGGAGACUCAGGGAUGGGUAUGAUCUAUGUAUCUGAUUCCCGAGGCAUUGUCUUCUCAAAGUCCCUCGAGCGCCAUCUUUACACGUCCACAGGCGGUGAAACGGACUUCACUGUCGUCAGCUCGCUCAGGGGCGUCUACAUGACCAGCGUGCUGGCUCACGAUGGUUCUGUUCAGACAGUGAUAACAUUCAAUCAGGGAGGAAAUUGGAGGCUUCUGAAGAAACCCUGGAAUGCAGAGUGUGACUCCACUGCAAAGGAUCCGGACAUGUGCAGUCUGCAUAUUCACGCCUCCUACAGCACAUCGAUGAGGCUGAACGUGCCGAUGCUGCCGCUGACCGAACCCAGGGCUGUUGGUCUCAUUCUUGCUCACGGCAGCGUGGGGGAUGCCGUGUCCAUCUUGUCUCCUGAUGUUUACGUGUCUGAUGACGGCGGGUACACAUGGGCACGAGUGCUAAAGGGACCGCACCAUUAUACCAUCCUGGACUCAGGAGGACUGCUGGUGGCUGUGGAACACGACCCCAUCCAGCCCAUCUCGCAGAUCAAGUUCUCCACGGACGAGGGCCAGUGUUGGCAUGUGUACAACUUCACGGACACGCCGCUGUACUUCACGGGUUUGGCCUCGGCGCCCGGGGCUCGGUCCCUGAGCCUCAGUCUGUGGGGUUUCAGACAGCCGGUGUUUAACCAGCACUUAGUGUCCGUCACGAUAGACUUCCGCCAGCUGCUGUCCAGAGAAUGUGGGGAGGAGGAUUACGUGCAGUGGCUCGCCCACUCGGAGAACACCAGCAACCUGAACGAUGGCUGUCUGCUGGGAUAUAAAGAAAAAUACUUACGGCUUCGCAAAGACUCUGUGUGCCGAAAUGCAAGGGAUUUCGUCGUCACCAAGCAGUCUACAUCGUGUCCCUGCACUCUGGAUGACUUCCAGUGUGAUUUUGGCUACUAUCGUGCCAUGAACAGCUCGGAGUGCGUGGAACAGCCGGAGCUGAAGGGCCGAUUGCUCGAGUUCUGCCUGCAGGGCUGGAAAGAGCGACUCCAAACCAGCGGUUAUAGGAAGAUCCCAGGAAACCGGUGUGAGGGAGGCACGCAGCCGGAGAGGAAACUGAUUGACCUGAACAAGAAGUGUGUCAGUAACCUGCUGAGUCCAGAGCUUCUGUCAGGGUCUCAGACAGGAAGAGUGGCUCCUGUAGUGUCUGUCGUUGUCCUCAUUCUGCUCGUCUGUGCCGUUGCUGGAAUCCUGCUGGUCAAGAAGUAUGUGUGUGGAGGAAGGUUCCUGGUGCACCGUUAUUCAGAGAUGCAGAGGCACGUGGAGGCUAAUGCCAUUGAGGGUGUAGACGAUGUGGACACAACAGAGGCAGACAAGACGCAUUACAAUAAUGACUCGGAUGAGGACCUUUUGCCUGGAAACUGAGGAGGGAAAUUCUCAGGUAAACUUGAAACCCUGUGUGGGGAUAAUGACCACCUGGACCAGUUUACUGAAGGACAGGGAGAAGUGGACACUUAUACAAAUUGUUUCCAGUCACUGGACAGGAGGCAACUGGCAGAAUUUAAUUAUUUUAUGUGGACCCCCCCCCCCCCCCCCCCCCCCCCCCUCCUUUGAGACAUGUUCAUUCUUUUCAGACUUGAACUGGAUUUUUUUUUUUUUUGGAAAAAAUUGUUGAUACCCUAUCACUUGAAUGCAAAUCUUGGUCAUAACAGUCACAGAGCUUGGUUAAAGGAAUCCCCCAGCAUAGUUCAACCAAUAUGUGCUUACAGCAAACAACAAUUUUAAAAUGUUUCCCUGUACUGAGAAAGGAACUCAUUUCAACAUUAUGUAGUUCUGGUUAUGUUGCAUGGAGACAGGAGCAUGUAUGUGGUAUCGGUCUCGCAAAACUAAAUGUGAUCAUUUUCUCGUCCUUCCUUCUGAAAAAGGACUGAAUAAUUGAUUAACUUGUACUGAUGCACCAGCAACUGCCCUUCAACUUUCAUUUGUAAGUGAGUUUGGCAUAAGUGACUUUUUCUGUUUCUCAGUGCAGGGGGAAAAAGAGAUCAAGUCAAACACUGAAGUAUUUCUUUAAAUGCAAAAGGUUAUAUGAUUGGGAGUGAGACCCAAAAAAGUCGUCUUUGACCAUUAUUGGAACUGAAACUUCUGAGGACCUGAGACUUGGGAAUGACGCCAGUACUUUUUAUUUUAAUAUAUACAUGUUUAUUUGGAAAGAUUCAGCCUGAGAAGUUCAAGCAAUAUUACAAAGCAAUAACAGUUCACGAAGCUAAAGUUCAAGGAGUGUCUGUAUGUACAGUUGAGACGAAGCUAAAUGGAUAUGCUCUGUGGUGAGUGAUCAUGGUCAGUCGUCUUCAUUAUGAUCCACAAGAUGGGGCGGAAGACUAGCCGUUUAAAUUGCUUCUAGCUUUUCCCUGUUAGUUUCUUGGACGAAGGUACUUUCACACCUGCACUGUAGGUUUCUACUCAUGUCCCACGGAGUUUGUUUUAUUGUAAAAUAAGCUAAGAUUUUCUAAGCAGUGUUGCACUGGCAAAAGAGAAAGCUCCUGUUGGCACAAGAGAAGGGUGUUUUUGAUUUUGUAGUAAGUGAUUUUAUGCUAAGCAAAAUGAGUAAGGGAGUUUGAGACCUUAUGUUUUUACUAUACAAAGGCAAAUGUAUAUAGUUGCAGCGAUAAUAUUCAAAUUAUUACUCUAAUCAUAACUACAACGCUAUGGACUGUCACGACAGUAGUGCACAACAAUAGUGUGUAAUUUGCUCAAUAAAGGGUCACUUUUUCCAGAUUUAAUGCCAGUCGGGGGGGAACCCCAAGAGGCCAGUCAGUCUAACAAUGCAAUAGACUUAAGUGUAUAGUUCGUCAGGAGGGCGUCUGCCCAAACAUGAUGUGAAAGUUUGUUUUAUGGGUUUUUAUUUAAAUAAAUACAGUACAUGUCUCAGGGGCCCCUGGUUUUCACAUUCAACUUCAAAAUGUGAUUGGGGAGGAGCUCGAGUGAGUGUCGGUAUUUGAUUGCUGGAUGGAUUAAUCAGUAUUUUUAUGCUACUGGGGUAUUUCAGAGAAUUUACAGCACCUGUCUUUGAAUGUAAGGGGAAUAAACAAUGUUUUAAUUCCAGUGCUGUAAAUGUGUACAGAUGAGCUACUGUUUAUAACUGCAUUUAAUGUUUGAAUUCUCAAUCCAAGUCUUGGAAACAUAAUGUAAAGCCUUGAUUGAGAACACUUGGUGCCCUUAUUUGCCCCUCAACCAGAAUAAAAAAAAAAAAAAGAAACAUUUCAUGU